CACUGCCUCUGGACCAUGGACCCCAGCAAAGUGAGCGAGCUUCGGGCUUUCGUGAAAAUGUGUAAGCAGGAUCCGAGCGUUCUGCACACCGAGGAAAUGCGUUUCCUGCGGGAGUGGGUGGAGAGCAUGGGGGGGAAAAUACCACCUGCCACUCAUAAAACUAAAUCAGAAGACAGUAUCAAGGAAGAAAAACCAGAUAGUAAGAAGGCGGAGGAAAACAUAAAGACAGAUGAACCAUCAAGUGAGGAGAGUGAUCUAGAAAUUGACAAUGAAGGUGUGAUUGAACCAGAUACCGAUGCCCCUCAAGAAAUGGGAGAUGAAAAUGCAGAGAUAACCGAGGAAAUGAUGGAUCAGGCAAAUGAUAAAAAAGUGGCUGCCAUUGAUGCCCUAAAUGAUGGUGAACUACAGAAAGCCAUUGACUUGUUCACAGAUGCCAUCAAACUAAAUCCUCGCUUGGCCAUUCUGUAUGCCAAGAGAGCCAGUGUCUUCAUCAAAUUACAGAAGCCAAAUGCUGCCAUUCGAGACUGUGACAGAGCUAUUGAAAUAAAUCCUGAUUCAGCUCAGCCUUAUAAGUGGCGCGGGAAAGCACAUAGACUUCUGGGCCAUUGGGAAGAAGCAGCGCAUGAUCUUGCCCUUGCUUGCAAACUGGAUUAUGAUGAAGAUGCUAGUGCGAUGCUGAAAGAAGUUCAGCCGAGGGCCCAGAAAAUUGCUGAACAUCGGAGAAAAUAUGAGCGAAAACGUGAAGAGCGAGAGAUCAAAGAAAGAAUAGAAAGGGUUAAGAAGGCUCGGGAAGAACACGAGAGAGCCCAGAGGGAGGAAGAAGCCAGACGACAAUCAGGAGCUCAGUAUGGCUCUUUCCCAGGUGGCUUUCCUGGGGGAAUGCCUGGUAAUUUUCCGGGAGGAAUGCCUGGAAUGGCAGGGGGGAUGCCUGGAAUGGCAGGAAUGCCUGGGGUCAAUGAAAUUCUUAGUGAUCCAGAAGUUCUUGCAGCCAUGCAGGAUCCAGAAGUUAUGGUGGCCUUCCAGGAUGUGGCCCAGAACCCAGCGAAUAUGUCAAAAUAUCAGAGCAACCCAAAGGUUAUGAAUCUCAUCAGUAAAUUGUCAGCCAAAUUUGGAGGUCAAGCAUAAUGCCCUUCUGACAAAGAAAGCCCUUGCUGAAGGAAAAGCAACUUCGAUCACCUAAUGGAUGUCGCAAUAAUACAAACCAGUGUACCUCCGACCUUCUCAUGAAGAAAGCUGGGGUGCUGUGAAGAGAGUCCCUACCCCUCUGCUCCCCAUGCAACUGAAACAUUCUACAAUGGUUUGCCAUUAGGGUAUUCAUUCAGAUAAUGUUUUCCUACUAGGAACUACAAACUUUAAACACUUUUUAAACCUUAAAAAUAUUUAAAAACAUAAAAAAAAA